AUGGCUCUUUCGGAGCAGAUCUCCCGACUCGCCCAGUCAACCCUGGCGAUGCAACAGGGUCAGACAAAACAAUUGCAGCCUCAGAAACACCAAAGACAACAACGGCAAAACAUGAUGCCUUCACCGAAACUGCCUUCCUCAGUACACCUGACACGACGGUCGCGUCAGCAAGAGCCGACCAGAACUUCUGGAGUUUUGAGCUUAAGUUCCAGUGCAGGUGCCAUGCCCCAACGUGCCGGGAGGCUAGCGACCCUCCCACCCCGUAUGGGCGCGAGUAGUGGCCAUGUGGGGCCUGUCGCCCAGCGACCUGGAAACCGACAUGAUAUGGCAGCGUCCGAAGUCGCGGAAAGGUCGGCAUCUUUGCCAUCCCGGGGUUCGUGGCGCUAUUCUGACAGAGGCUUUGUUGGAGAACAGCUAAACUCGAGAUCGUCAGAUUUAAGAAAAAGGUGCUUUCCACAUUAA